ACCACGAUCAACUUCGUCAUUAAUUUGUUGAUUCGCUGAAUGAGGAAGGUCAAACAAAAGUUCAAUUCCUGUAAGACAAACAUUGUAAAUAGUGUCAAGUUUCCGGACACUUGUACUUGAAAUUUCCGCUUCUGGUGUCUAUACAUAAUUCAUCGGAUCGUGUUAUUUCAUAAUAUGCGUUUAUCAAAUUUUGAUAACUUCAGAAUUAUUUUUGACAGCUAUAUAAAGGCAGUGUCGGUCGCUGUUUCUUCACAUAGACUCAAUAUUGGUGAAGCCGUUGGUAGCUUAAAAGAGAACAAUGAAUGUUACAUUAGAGGAUAUCAAUCAUGCAGAAAUACAAAAACUAUUAGCACCUAUUGUAUAUCUGGCGAUUCUAAUGGUUGUCGGAAUUCCUGGAAAUUUGACUGUGCUCAUUAUAUAUCGACGGCGCUAUGCCAAGUCAGUAUACCGUACUAUCAUUUGGAAUCUUGCGUUAACAGACCUUCUGUUUUGUACACUAACAAUGCCAUUUAAUAUAGGAAGAGUUAUUCGAUACUAUACGUUUACAAAUCUGUGGGUUUGUAAGAUAUUCACAACAGUUAUUAUUUUCUUCAUCAUGUAUUCCUCGCAUUUAUUGGUAACUCUAUCAAUACACAGAUUUAGACAAGUCUGCAUGCCGCUGAAAUCACAAAUCAACACUUUGAACGUGAGGUACUGGAUAAUCGGUGGAUUUGUACUUGCAGUUUUCUUAGACUCUCCACAAAUUAUUUUGCAACCCAUAGAUGAGGUUAAACUCCCGUACAAUUUAACCGGACACGUGUGUGCAGUUUCUUUCAAAAAUUCAAGUUAUGCAGAAGUAUACAAUGGAUUUUUGACAUUUUUGUUCGGUUUUUACGCAUUUGUUUUGUUCAUAAUGUAUAUAUUCAUUGGUCGUAGGAUGUACUUGCAACACAAAAUAAAGAAAAACGCAAUUGCAGCAAAAAGUAUUCCAAAAGAAGAUGACAUUUCAGGUAAAAUAACGAAAAUAGCAAUUACAGUAAGCGCCGUUUUUGCAUUGAGUUAUAUUCCACUCUUUGUUCUGAAGCUAUUAGUGGACGUCAUCAAACCAGAAGAAUUAAAUGCAGUUGAGUUUUCCAUACUGAAGAUACUAGAGAGAUCCUAUGCUAUAAAUCAUGUGGCCAAUCCAUUCAUUUAUGCAUUUUACGACCAACGUUUCCGCAGACAGUUCCGAACAUUCUUUGUAGCACCAUGGCGUCUAAAACAGAUUGAAUCAUCAACAGCAUACGCAGAUGGGGAAUCUAGAACACCCAGCGUCGAGAAGACAUUAGAAAGUUCUCUAAACAAUGCUUCAAUGAUCAAAAUCUAAUUGUCUAAGACUAUCGUUCGCGACAAUAUACAAUCGU